UAAAACCGCGCGGCGGGCCGGGCGCACCCCACUCCGCGCCGGCCCGCCGAGCUCUCGGGUAGAUAACCCGCCUGCGCUCCCUCCACUUCCCCUCCGCCCGCCGACACCGCUGCUGCACGCUCUUGUUCUCCCUGUGGUCCGGACACAUAGUAUGACCGUUAGGUGCUUCGUCUCCCAGUCAUUUUUUAUGGAAAACCACGGGGACCAGGCCAUGCUCGCCUCUGGCAGCUUUGAGGAAUGGGAUGCUUUUAGAGAAGCUUGAUCUUCAUGGCCUUGGCGUGAGUCCUCCCAAAGCCAGACCCAGCAGAGUUCCUCUAUCUCGUCUCGGGGCUGACGUGUCCCCUUCUCCAGUUCUUCUCCAUCUCUUGGGAGGCAGCAGGAAGUCAGCGUCAUGGUGGGGUUCAAGGCCACAGACGUGCCCCCCACGGCCACUGUGAAGUUUCUGGGGGCGGGUACCGCGGCCUGCAUCGCAGAUCUCAUCACCUUUCCCCUGGACACAGCGAAGGUCCGGCUGCAGAUCCAAGGAGAAAGUCAGGGGCCAGCGAGGGCCGCCGCCAGCACGCAGUACCGUGGCGUGCUGGGCACAAUCGUGACCAUGGUGCGCACCGAGGGUCCCCGCAGCCUCUACAACGGGCUGGUGGCGGGCCUGCAGCGCCAGAUGAGCUUCGCCUCCGUCCGCAUCGGCCUCUAUGACUCGGUCAAGCAGUUCUACACCAAAGGCUCCGAGAAUGCCGGCAUCGGGAGCCGCCUCCUGGCAGGCAGCACCACGGGUGCCCUGGCUGUGGCCGUGGCCCAGCCCACGGAUGUGGUCAAGGUCCGCUUCCAGGCUCAGGCCCGGGCCGGGGGUGGCCGGAGGUACCAGAGCACCGUGGAGGCCUACAAGAUCAUCGCCCGUGAGGAAGGCUUCCGAGGCCUCUGGAAAGGCACCUCUCCCAAUGUGGCUCGGAGCGCCAUUGUCAACUGUGCCGAGCUGGUGACCUAUGACCUCAUCAAGGACACACUCCUGAAGGCCAAGCUCAUGACGGAUGACCUCCCGUGCCACUUCACUUCCGCCUUUGGGGCGGGUUUCUGCACCACCGUCAUCGCCUCCCCUGUGGACGUGGUGAAGACGAGAUUCAUGAACUCUUCCCUGGGCCAGUACCGCAGCGCUGCCCACUGUGCUCUCACCAUGCUCCAGAAGGAGGGGCCCCGAGCCUUCUAUAAAGGGUUCAUGCCCUCCUUCCUGCGCCUGGGUUCCUGGAACGUGGUGAUGUUUGUCACCUACGAGCAGCUGAAGCGGGCUCUCAUGGCUGCCCGCGCUUCCCGGGAGGCUGCGCUCUGAGCCCACCUGAUCUGGCUUUGACUUUGGCUCCGCCCACUGCUCCUUUCCUCCUCCCACCUUCCUGCCACCUCCUCCUCCCCCUCCCUGCCCCCCCCCCCGCACCCACCCCUCCCUGCCUCCUCUCCCCAGGCUCCAUCCUGUUGGCCAGAACCCCAGUGGACACUGGCACCUGCCAGGAUCCCAAGCCCUUGGGUCCUUCGAGAAGCUUCAUCCCGCCCCCGCCCAGCCAGCUUGUCACCUCGAUAAAGCACUCAGCCCUGGA